AGGUCCCCGCCCUCCACCCCGAGCAGCCAUUGCGUGCCUCCGAAUUGGCUCCCCUGCAAUUAAGCCCCGACCUCGCCCCCAAACCCCAAAAGGGGCCGCGCGGGGCAUGCGCCUCUUUCCUCCGAGGGCAGGCGGGCGGCGAGGGCUUCUUGGGGUGGCCGGGUGUCCCUUCCCUCUCCUUGGGCUGGUGGCUGCCACCGUCUCUGGGUGGGUCUUCCCGACUUGUGGGUGAAGGUCGCUUCCCCUUCCACGCGUGGGCGCGGGCUCCUUCUCCAGCAUGACCACGUCUCCCGACUACCUGGUCGUCCUCUUCGGGGCCACCGCCGGGGCUCAGGGGCCUCUGCUGGGCUCCGACGAGAGGGAGCUCAUCCAGCUCCUCUGGAGAGUGCUGGACCUGGCCAACAGAAAGGUGGGAAAUCUUCACGAAGUGUUGAUUGGGCCUGAUCAGUUGGAGUUGACCCAGGAGUGCCAAGAAGUGACCAAUAUUGCCGAAGAAAGCUUGACCCUGGCCCCGCAGCUGGAACAGGCGCUGAGACAGUUUAAUCAAUCUGUGAGCAAUGAACUAAAUAUCGGUGUAGGCACUUCCUUCUGUCUCUGUACUGAUGGGCAACUUCAUAUUAGGCAGGUUCUCCAUCCUGAAGCCUCCAAAAAGAAUAUCUUGUUACCGGAAUGCUUCUACUCAUUUUUUGAUCUCCGGAAAGAAUUCAAGAAGUGUUGUCCUGAUUCACCUGAAAUUGACAAACUUGAUGCUAACGUGAUGGCAGAAUAUCUGAAUCUUGAGAAGAAUAACUCAAUACAGCAUCAUGGAGUAUCUCAAGUGGAAGAUAUGGGAAACAUCAUUUUAACGUUAAUUUCAGAACCGUACAAUCACAGGUUUUCAGAUCCAGAAAGGGUGAACUACAAAUUUGAAAGUGGAACCUGCAGCAAAAUGGAACUCAUAGAUGAUAACACCAUAAUCCGGGCAAGAGGCUUGCCAUGGCAGUCAUCGGACCAAGACGUUGCGAGGUUCUUCAAAGGCUUGAAUAUUGCCAAGGGAGGGGCUGCACUUUGUCUCAAUGCCCAAGGCAGGAGGAAUGGAGAGGCGCUUGUCAGGUUCGUAAGCGAAGAGCACCGCGACCUAGCUUUGCAGAGACACAAACAUCAUAUGGGGAACCGGUACAUUGAGGUAUACAAAGCAACAGGAGAAGACUUCUUGAAAAUUGCUGGAGGAACAUCCAAUGAAGUUGCUCAGUUCUUGUCUAAGGAGAACCAAGUGAUUGUUCGCAUGCGGGGUCUACCAUUUAACGUAACAACUGAGGAAGUGUUAACAUUUUUUGGUCAACACUGUCCGGUGACAGGUGGAAAAGAAGGAAUCCUUUUUGUGACCUAUCCUGACCAUAGGCCAACUGGAGAUGCAUUUGUGUUGUUUGCGUGUGAGGAAUAUGCGCAGAAUGCAUUAAAGAAACACAAAGACUUGUUGGGUAAAAGGUACAUAGAGCUCUUCAGGAGUACAGCAGCUGAGGUUCAGCAGGUACUAAACAGAUACUCCUCUACUCCUCUCAUUCCUCUCCCAACUCCACCUAUCCUUCCUGUACUACCUCAGCAGUUUGUGCCUCCUACCAACGUCAGGGACUGCAUACGACUUCGAGGUCUUCCUUAUGCUGCCACUAUAGAGGACAUUUUGGGAUUCCUGGGGGAGUUUUCUGCUGAUAUCAGAACUCAUGGGGUUCACAUGGUGUUAAAUCACCAGGGUCGACCUUCUGGAGAUGCUUUUAUCCAAAUGAAAUCUUCCGAACGAGCAUUUAUGGCUGCUCAGAAGUGCCAUAAGAAAACAAUGAAGGACAGAUAUGUUGAAGUCUUUCAGUGUUCUGCUGAGGAGAUGAACUUUGUAUUAAUGGGGGGCACUUUAAAUCGAAAUGGCUUGUCCCCACCACCAUGUAAGUUACCAUGCAUUUCUCCACCUUCGUACUCCAUUCCCGCUCCCACAGCAGUCAUCCCAACCGAAGCGGCGCUCUACCAACCUUCUGUGCUCCUUAAUCCGCGGACACUUCAGCCUUCCACUGCAUACUACCCAGCUGGCACCCAGCUCUUCAUGAACUACACCGCAUAUUAUCCUAGUAUGCAGCAGAGAAUGGAUCUGUACACGCAGAUGAGUCGACCAGGUCAGUGCCCAAAGAAUGGAUUUAUCUUUAAAGGUCCAAGCAGUUAGAUAUUCUCAAUAAUAAAGGUUCUACUUAACUUCCUGCACAACUUCAGCCAGCCAAAUGGAGAUUUCUCUGAAACCCUGCACGGGAAAAGUUUCCACUGUCUUGGAUAUCUGCCAAUGUUUUUGUAUCAUUUUUUUAACAUCACUUUACCAUUUUUUUAACAUACACUUUACCAAUGACCACACAGCUCGCCCCCAGCAAUGCAAACUUGUCAUUAAAGCUUUUGGGACAUUCACUACUUGAGAGCACAUUUGCCAAAGUCACAAGGAACAAACAUUGUUGGGUUUCUUUUCCCCUAUCUUCAAAAUGUCAAAUUAUUCUUCGCACAGAAAGGAUCGUACUUGAAAUUAGGGACACUGCUAAAAAUGUGUUGAAAUAGCAUGUCAUGCUAAACAGACCUUUCUUUUUUUUUAAUUUGCACAUGCAUUUUUUAUAUUAAAGACCUUUGAAUUGUAUUCAGCUUUUUAUUAAAAUGGUUCUGUUUUGUAUAUAUUUAUUUGUUUUGAAAUACUUUGGAUUCUAGCCAGAUUUACUUGACAGUGUAGAAAAUGCUUAAGAAUGGAAAAUACAAUAUACUGGCAGGGGGAGAAAUGCUGUAACUUUUGUAAUAUAUAAAUAUAAUAUAUAUAUAUUAAAACGUAUAAACUGUAAUGCUUUAAACUUGUAUAUUGCACAUAUGGCUACUGUAUAUUUAAGUUACUCUGUCCCAGGAUAUUCUGAGAGGGGCAAUUAAUUAUCAGAGUGCACAAAGCCUCCAGCAAUUUUGCUAUUCCACAAAGCCAAUGAUAUUAAACCCCGUUGUUAGGAUCAUAUUACAAACUAUGUGAAAUCAUGGGAAAUGCAAUACAUGUUCACAACUGUGGAGGAAAUAAUUAAGGUAUGUGGCACUGGAGGUUAUUGAGAAAAUGUAAUUAGAAAACCCUCAUUUUGACACUGAAUAUCUCCCCCCCUCCCCCAAAGAUCAAGAAUGAAUUGUUAUCCAAAAGCAUUGAAAAAAAUUAAAUAAAGGGCUAUGUCACUGUUGUAGAAAUUGGUCUGAGGUGCUCUAUAUGGGUUCUGUACCAGUCCGCUACCUGGAUGGUCUUUGAUCCUUGACCAACGUUGCAUUCACAUCUUCCACAAGUAUUAAAACUGUUUUAAAUCCA